AAAGGAGGGAGGAGGGAGGCGCUCGGCCUCCGGCGCUUCCUCGGCUCCCGUUAGCAGACGGCGCUUAAGCUCGGGCUUGCGAAGGCAGCGGUUCUGCGGCUGUGCGAUGUCGGAAUUGCGAGCAGCAGGACCCGGCCCAGGGAUGACGCCUGGCGGACCAGUGGGCCCCAUAACCACCGGCCCAGGAGGAACCUGCGGACCUGGCCCCGUGACCCCAUUGCCAUCGCCGGGGCCAAGUGCCGGAAAAGGUGACGCCGGAGGAGGGACACUGGGCCCUGGGGGACCGGCCCCAGGGGGGGUGACGAGCACUCCAGGGGGGAGCUCUUCUUCCGCUUCCGGGUCAACGAGCUCAACUUCCGGGGCUGCUCGGGAAGGCUGGCUUUUCAAAUGGACCAAUUACAUCAAAGGGUAUCAGCGGCGAUGGUUCGUGCUGAGCAAUGGGCUUCUCAGCUAUUACAGAUCCAAAGCAGAGAUGCGACACACCUGCCGUGGAACCAUCAACUUGGCCACAGCAAACAUCACUGUGGAGGACUCCUGUAAUUUCAUUAUUUCCAAUGGAGGGGCACAGACCUACCACUUGAAGGCCAGCUCAGAGGUUGAGCGGCAGCGCUGGGUCACAGCCCUGGAGCUGGCCAAAGCCAAAGCAGUUAAAAUGCUGGCAGAAUCAGAUGAGUCAGGCGAUGAAGAAUCUGUAUCCCAAACGGACAAGACAGAACUACAGAAUACUUUGCGCACUCUCUCCAGCAAGGUGGAGGAUCUCAGCACAUGUAAUGAUCUGAUUGCCAAACAUGGAACAGCUCUGCAGCGCUCACUCAGUGAACUGGAGACUCUGAAGCUGCCAGCUGAGAGCAAUGAGAAGAUCAAGCAAAUCAAUGAGCGCGCCACACUUUUCCGCAUCACUUCCAAUGCCAUGAUUAAUGCUUGUCGAGACUUCCUAAUGCUGGCCCAGACACAUAGCAAGAAAUGGCAGAAGUCGUUACAGUAUGAGCGCGACCAGCGUAUCCGGUUGGAGGAGACCCUAGAGCAGCUGGCUAAGCAGCACAAUCACCUGGAAAGAGCUUUCCGUGGAGCGACAGUCCUACCUGCCAACGCACCUGGCAACAUGGAUUCCUCGAAAGAUCAAUGUUGCUCGUCAAAGGGGGAUAUGAGUGAUGAAGAUGAUGAUAAUGAGUUCUUCGAUGCUCCCGAGAUUAUCACCAUGCCCGAAAGCAUGGGGCACAAACGAACAGGCAGCAACAUAAGUGGUGCCAGCAGUGACAUCAGUCUUGAUGAGCAGUACAAACAUCAGGGAGAGGAUACUAAGAAGGAGAAGAGAACUCGGAUUCCACACAAACCAGAUUAAAGCCACUCACCGGAUUUUCUGCCUAGCACUUGUUUCUUCUGCCUCCAGGUUAAUUUCAACGAGCCAUUAUCCAUGCUGCAGCGUCUCACAGAAGACUUGGAAUACCAUGACUUGUUGGACCGGGCUGCCAAAUGUGAAAAUUCCUUGGAGCAGCUCUGUUACGUGGCAGCUUUUACUGUAUCGUCCUACUCCACGACUGUCUUCCGCACUAGCAAGCCAUUCAACCCUCUCUUAGGGGAAACGUUUGAGCUAGACCGAUUAGAAGAAAAUGGCUAUCGUUCCAUCUGCGAACAGGUGAGCCACCAUCCUCCAGCUGCUGCUCAUCAUGCUGAUUCCAGACAUGGUUGGACCCUUCGGCAGGAGAUUAAAAUCACCAGCAAGUUCCGUGGCAAAUACCUCUCAAUCAUGCCACUUGGUACCAUCCAUUGUAUCUUCCAUGCAACUGGCAAUCAUUAUACAUGGAAAAAAGUCACCACCACAGUACACAACAUCAUUGUGGGCAAAUUAUGGAUAGAUCAGUCUGGUGAAAUUGAGAUUCUGAACCAUAAAACGAAUGAGAGAUGUAUUCUCAAAUUUGUUCCUUAUAGUUACUUCUCCAGAGAUGUGGCCAGAAAGGUCACUGGAGAGGUAUUGGAUCCAUCAGGAAAAGUGCAUUUUAUGUUGUUGGGCACCUGGGAUGAGAAGAUUGACUGCUUCAAGGUGAAUCCUAGCUUGGAGAAUGGUGGUGACAGCCGUCUAAGAACACAUGAAACAGAGGACAGCAGGGUGGUGUUAUGGAAGAGGAACCCACUCCCGAAGAAUGCAGAGAACAUGUAUUAUUUCUCAGAGUUGGCUUUGACACUCAAUGCCCCAGAAAGUGGUACUGCUCCCACUGACAGCAGACUCCGGCCUGACCAAAGACUCAUGGAGAACGGGCGCUGGGAUGAGGCCAAUGCAGAGAAGCAGCGCUUAGAGGAGAAGCAGCGCCUUUCCCGUAAAAAACGUGAAGCUGAAGCUAUGAGGGCGACAGAGGAUGGAACCCCGUACGAUCCCUACAAGGCAUUGUGGUUUGAGCGGAGGAAGGAUCCUGACACCAAGGAGGUGUCCCAUGUAUACAGGGGUGGCUACUGGGAAAGCAAAGAGAAACAGGACUGGAACAUGUGCCCUGAUAUCUUCUGAGCUGGAAGCAGCAGGACUCUUCCCAGGAAGAGGUAGUGGACGAAGAGUGGAGGGAAGCAGCUGAUCAUGUGACUUCUUGGCUCGUGCUUUUCUCACUGACUUGUCUGUCUUAAUCAAUUGUUUUGACUCAAUCACCCAAACCAGAAUCCAGCAGUGGUGAUUGGCUGGAUUGCCUUAGCUGAAUGAAGCUGAAGUUGGUGUCUGGAUUCCUUGGAUGGUUAGGGAAAAAUAGGCAUAGAGGAGGACUGCAUCUUCCACUUCCCUGCUCACACCACUAUACAGUAGUUUGGGGAGAAAGAAGAGAAUAUGUGGAUUGACACCUGCCCUCUUUUCCAGCUUUCUGGUGCUGUAUCAAUUAUACCCCCUUUUCAACUUUCAUGAGGCAAUGGCAAGCAGCAAGACCAAGGCACUCUGUUUGCCCAGAGGUGGUUGAAAAGGAACAGGAAGACCUAUCAUUUUGACCAGAGGGGUUACUUUCUUGUUUUUCUUUCCUGCCCUAACCCUGUAUAGCAUCCUUAGGGCAAGGAAGACUUCCUAACCGUAUUGAAUAGAGGGAAAAAAUGGAAACCAAAGCUGUUGGAUCUCUCAGUUCACAUAGAUAGGAAAGCGAUUAGCUGUCUCUUCAAAGAGUUCAACUUUUCUUUGAGGAUCACCAGCUGAUCACUUGGUGUAGAUGCAGUUUUCCCUUUUCAGGUCUAUUCUUCACAGCAAGCCCUAGCACCUUCUCCCAAAUUGUGCACUUGGAUGGGCAAUGAUGCAAGAUAGAAGCCUCCCUGUUCUAAAGCAACUUCUGGCUUAAUGCACAUCUGUUUAUAUGUAUAUUAUAUAUAUGUAGAGAGAGAUCUAAUUUUUGUUCUGAUUUUUGUUCCUUUUAUUCUUUAGACCCCUAUUUGGUAACACUAGCCACUGCUGCUUUCUUCCACCGGGCCCCAGAUCCAUGAAAAUACCGUACAGGAACCAUUACCUAAAAACAGAUUGUCUUGCCUUUAAAAUAACGAAUAAUUCAACAUAGGCAGAGUUGGAGUUUAGUGGUGUUACUCCUAAAGCUCCUCACUCUGUGCCAGCUCAAACCAGGAGUUCAUUGAUUCUUUUGUAAAAUGAGGAGACUGGGAACAGCCCAAACUGGUCUGGGCCGUUUGGUCACAGCUGCCAUAACCAGAUCCUGAGAGUGAAAAGCUGUUGCCGCUAUGCAGAAGUGGCAAAGCGUAAAGAACCUGCCCAGGCGAGGUGUACAUGUGGGUGGGGCUGGGGUGGGGGCAAAGACAGCCGCUGCCCUUGGCUAAGGAUCACACUUUGAGGUGCCUUCCUUUUGUGUUUUUGCUCCUUGUUUUGUUUUUAUUUUACCCCCCUACCUUUCAACUUUAGCCUGUAAGGAAGAAGAGGCAACAGUGGUGCUUGCUGGUUGGGAGAAAUGAGGCAGCACAACACUGUGCUGCUCAGCAGAAGUAAAUUGGGUCUUGGGGUGCAGUGUGUACCCUGUGGCUUGGUCCUUAUUGGAAGCCUUUUCUUCUGCAGCAGGUGGAGGCCAGGGCCUCCCUUAGUGGGAUAAUGGUGGGCUUUUUUAAUUUAAAAAAAAAAAAAAGCGGGAGAGAGAUUAUCUUUGCAAUUCUAUUGUGGUUGGGUUUGUUUUGAGGGGAGGGGGAUAUUGUCUUUUU